AUGGCAUUCUACAACAAGCUUUCAGAGGUUUCGGCGGUUUCUUAUCCCAGGCUCGUGGCUUGGCGUUUCAGAGUCAAAUUACACAGGAUCUUCUCUUUCCAUUCCUAUGUUACAAACAGUGGAUCUUACUAUACCUAUGUCCUAGCAGAUGAAGAUGUAAGUGUUAUAUCAUCAUCUCUCGAAUUUUUCUUAACAUUUAACCGCUUCGAGGAGGAAGAGGAAAAAUGGGUGGAAAUAUUUCGGGUAAAAGUAGAUCGUUCCGGUCCAGGUUUCCAGGCAGUUAACUCUCCGUUCAAACUAAUUGGUACGCGCGACACACAAGUCCGCUUGAUCAACCCGCCUGUUAACGAUCGGGUUUUCAUUGACUUCAAGAACAUCCAUGCAAUCCCGCACAUGUCCAGCAAGGAACGAAACCAUCCCAUAGAUACAAUGGGAGUGGUCUUCAACACGGAAGCCCGUUUCGACCUUGCAACACCAAUGAUGGUGUUUUACAUUAGGGACAACAUUCACAGCCAGAUAAAAUGUGUGGCAACUGGCGAACAGGCCUAUGCCUUCUGGGAUGGUCUUGAAAAGAUGGGACGUGGACAGGUGAUUGUGGCCCUUAAGAUGUGGAGGAUCAGGAAGCAUUGGAAUUGUUCUGGUCCUGAUGAUCUAUCGCUUGAGACCGAAGGUGAAAUUUCGGACUUCAGGUUCAAUCCGCGUUUGUCCGAGGUUGAGCACUUCAGGCAGUCUCUACUAAACAGCGACCCUUAUGUUAAGAAAUAUGGGGUUGAAAGUCUUGUGUAA